AUGGCUCGAAACAAGGAAGUUUUGCUUUUGCUGCUUGAUGUUGGACCAUCCAUGCAUUCUGUUCUUCCUGAAGUCGAGAAAGUCUGUUCCAUGCUUGUACAGAAGAAGAUGAUCUAUAACAAGUAUGAUGAAGUGGGAAUUGUCUUAUUUGGAACUCAAGACACGGAUAACGAAUUAACUACAGAAGUGGGUGGAUAUCAGCAUGUUGUAGUUUUGAGAAAUACUAAAGUUGUAGAUGGAGACAUUGUUGAGGCUUUACAACAACUUCCUCGAGGAACAAAUGGUGGUGAUUUUCUUGAUGCUGUCAUUGUUGCCAUGGAUAUGUUAAUAAAAAAGUUUGGAGACACUAACAAGGGAAAGAAACGUAUUUGCCUUAUUACAAAUGCACAAUCUCCAAUAAAAGAUCCUUAUGAAGGAUCAAAAGAAGAGCAAGUUACCACAAUUGCUAAACAGAUGACAGCUCAUGGUAUGAAAAUGGAAAGUAUAAUUGUGAGAGGAAAGCUUAGUCAAGAUGAAAACAAGGAGAUAAUGGAUGAGAAUGAUCGUCUUUUAAAUAUUUUUUCUAAGGAAACAUCGACAAGAUUGUUGUAUGUGGAGGAUCCAAUUUCUUUGUUUGGUGCUCUUAAAACUCGAAAUAUAACUCCAGUUACUGUUUUCAGAGGGGAUCUUGAAUUCAGCCCAAAACUGAGGAUUAAGGUAAUGGUAUACAAGAAAACACAAGAAGAGAAAUUUCCAACUCUGAAGAAAUACUCUGAUAAGGCUCCUCAAUCUGAUAAAUUCGCAACACAUGAAGUCAAAAUAGAUUAUGAGUACAAGAGUUCCGAUGAUCCAGAUAUAGUUAUUCCUCCGGACCAAAGAAUUAAAGGUUAUCGAUAUGGGCCUCAAAUUGUUCCUAUAUCCACUGCUGAGUGGGAGGCUGUAAAGUUCAAACCGGAAAAGGGUGUGAAGCUUUUGGGGUUUACUGAUUCUUCCAAUGUAUUGAGACACCAAUACAUGAAAGAGGCCUAUGUGUUUAUAGCUGAUACUGGAAAUGCAAAAGCUGGCCUUGCAGUUUCUGCCCUAGCAAGGGCUAUGAAGGAAAUGAAUAAGGUGGCAAUUUUACGGUGCGUUUGGAGAAAUGGACAAGGGAGUGUUGUCAUUGGGGUUUUGACUCCCAAUGUAUCUGAUAGAGAAAAUAUUCCUGAUUCAUUUUUCUUCAAUGUUCUUCCUUUUGCCGAGGAUGUGCGAGAGUUUCAAUUUCCUUCCUUCACUAACUAUCCAGCAUCGUGUCAACCAAACAGACAACAACUAGAAUCAGCUGCUAACUUCAUAAAAAUGCUUGAUCUUGCACCAGAUGGGGAGAAAGAAGUUUUGCUACCUGACUUUACACCAAAUCCAGUACUGGCGCGCUUUUAUCAUUAUCUUGAUCUGAAGUCAAAGCAUCCAGAUGCUGCGGUACCUCCUCUCGACUACACACUCCGAAAAAUUACAGAGCCUGAGACCGACCUUGUUUUACAAAACCAAUCUGUCAUUGACUCAUUUCGUAGGUCUUUUGAGCUGCAGGGAAAUCCCUUGAAAAAGCCAAAGCGUUCAUUGCGAGAAAAGAUAAACAAUGAAGAGGGUAAAGAAAACAUUACAGCCCCGCCUGCAAAUCUCAUUGAAUACACAUCUAUUAAAGUUGAGAAAAUCGGGGAUUCAACUCCGGUCCAAGAUUUUGAAGCCAUGAUUUCACGCCGAGACAGUCCAGACUGGGUUCUAAAAGCCAUCAACGAUAUGAAAAAUAAAAUAUUUGAUAUGGUAGAGGAUUCACAUGAAGGUGAUAACUAUACCAAAGCAGUCGAGUGUUUAGUUGCGCUUCGCAAGGGUUGCAUCCUCGAGCAGGAACCGAACCAAUUCAACAAUUUCCUUAAACAUCUUUGCAAUUUCUGCAAAGAGAAAAACCUUCAAAGUUUCUGUGAAUAUCUUGCUACUAAGAGAGUCACUUUGAUUCCCAAAACAGAAGCUAUAGACAGUGAUGCUACUGACGAGGAAGCCAGAAGUUUUUUGGUAAAAUCUGAGUCCAAAAGUGAUUAA